AUGAUGCUUGCCCGAAGGACCGUCACUGCGCUCCCCCUGCGGACGGGCCCUGCGUGCUCGCGGAGCUCCCAGAGGCUUCAGUUCAGCUCGACGACGGCAGCGAGGGCUGACUUUACACACGUGGUCAUCGGCGGCGGCGUCGUCGGGCUCGCCAUCGCGCGACAGCUCGCCCUCCGCAACGGCGCGGCGGCCUCAUCGUCGUCGUCUACCUCGACGACGCUGCUGCUGGAGCGGCACGGCGGCGUAGGCACGGAGACGAGCUCGCGCAACAGCGAAGUCAUCCACGCGGGCAUCUACUACGGGGCCUCGAGCCUCAAGGCGCGGCUGUGCGUGCGCGGCAAGCAGCUGCUGUACGGGUUCUGCGCGGCGCACGGCGUCGGCCACCGCCGCACGGGCAAGUGGAUCGUCGCGCAGACGCGCGCGCAGCGCGAGGCCCUGGAGCGCAUCGAGCGCCUCUGCAGCGGGGAGCUGGGCGUGCCGGUGCGCUGGGUGGGCGACGAGGAGGUGCGUCGCGCGGGGGAGGGCGUGCGCGCCGAGGAGGGGGCGCUGGAGAGCCCGACCACGGGGAUUGUCGAUGCGCACGGGCUGAUGGUUGCGCUGCAGGGGCUGUUUGAAGAUGCGGGCGGCGUGGUGGCGCUCAACUCGCCCGUCACGGCGAUCACGCCGCUGGGCGGUGGCGGUGGUGGUGGUGGUGGUGAUGGCGAUGCGUCCUCGUCGUCGUCGCCGUCGCCAAAGGGCAGCGCCGGGUGGGAGCUCGCCGUGCGGGACGCCGCCACGGGGGAGACCUCGACCAUCACGGCCGAGACCAUCAUCAACGCCGCGGGCCUCGGCGCCGCGGACGUGCACAACAUGAUCGUGCCCCCCGAGCGACGCACGCGCCUGCACUACGCCAAGGGCAACUACUUCUCGUACGCGGCGCCGCUCCCCCGCGUCUCGCGCCUCAUCUACCCCGCCCCGGAGCCCGGCGCCGGCGGCCUGGGCACGCACCUGACGCUCGACCUGGGGGGCCGCAUGCGCUUCGGCCCAGACGUCGAGUGGGUCGAGUCGCCCGAAGACCUGGCCGUCAACGGCGCGCGCAUGGCCGACGCCGUCGCCGAGAUCCAAAAGUACCUGCCGGGGGUGGACGCGUCGUGCCUGGCCCCCGACUAUGCGGGCAUCCGGCCGAAGCUGAGCCCCGGCGGCGCCGUCGGCACGGGCAAGGGGUUCAACGACUUCAUCAUACGCAUGGAGGACGGCUACGCCGGGUGGGUGAACCUGCUUGGCAUCGAGAGCCCCGGCCUGACGAGCAGCCUGGCCAUCGGCGAGGAGGUCGAGAGGUUGCUGUACGGGAGCGUCACGCCGUCAUGA